AUGGAAGAUGCAGCGAGGAGAGAGAAGGAAGAGAAGGAGGAGAGACAGAGGCAGAGAGAGGAGAGAAGGAUACAGCGACAGAAAGAGGAGGAGGAGAGGCUUGUGAAAAGACAGAAGCGAGAGAUGGAGAGGAGAUCGAAGGCAUUAAGCAAGGAAAUGGUCAGGAUGAAGAGAGCAGUAGGCGGGAGACUGGCGGCAAAGAAAUUUACAUGUGGUGUGUGUGGGGGAAGAGGAAGGAUGAACGAUGAAAUUAAUGGUGUCAUGUGGUAUGAUUGUGAUGAGAGUUUGUGUGAAAGGUGGUACCAUGAGGACUGUUUGAGUGUGCGGGAGCGAGAGUAUUUGUUGGAAAGCGUGAGUGAGAGGUGUGACUGGUUUUGUAGAAAAUGUAAACCAUGGUUGUAUGUUGAAGAAUAA